AAGAAAAAAAUCGGGUACUGAGCCAUGCAAGCAAGGGGUCCUGAGGCCCAAGGUCACUGGCCUCCCAGGACUCCACCUCUGGUUCAGUGACCAGAGAGACAAAGAAUUUGUAAAGGCUCAUCUCCAUGUCCCACUGCCUGAUGGGCACAGGCGAUUCAUCUCAGCUUUGCCAAAAGGAAUCCGUCAAGCCUGUGAGCCUGAACCCAGCCGGGGCUUGGAGCCACCGACACAGAGGCUCCCGAGUUGACUCCUGUCUUGGGCGGGUGCGCUGGUGGUCCUUGUGACUGGUCCAGGCUGCGGUCCAUCAGGGAAGUACAGGAGCAAAAAAGAGGUUCUAAACUGGCUGGGCUUCGAGCCAGCAUUACUGCUACGUGUAAACACUUGAAGGGGAAGGUUGGCUCCUCUAAGUCACUGAUACUCUUUUUGCUGCUCUUCAAAAGUUCCCUCUACAGAGCAGAGGUGACUUCUGCAAAGCAGAAGCCAUACAUCAUUUAUAACGAUCUCUGGCAAAACCUCAGAAAAAAGAUAUGCUUUUGACUUAGCCGGAUGUCCAAGGCUGUGGCAGGACCCAGUGAGGAGGCUCCGAAGGUGGCAUGAGCCACCAUUCCAGCCGAGUGACAGCCUCGAGGGACAGUCUUCGCCUGCGGAGUGUGACACAGUUAAAAAGGGGGAAAAAAAAAAAAGCCACGAGCCACACGGUUGCCAAUGAAAUAGGAGAGGGAGUGUUUUCCAAAGCACGUGGGGCUCUUCCUGGGCUCCGGGCUCAUCCUCCGGACAGGAGUGCAAGGCCAUGAGUGAAACUUCAGCUCGGGUCUAGGAGGAGCCGGGAAAUGGCCCACGAAGUCAACCUGCAUUCCCUGCAGGCAUCGGAACGCGAGACGAUCCUCCAGGUCCUGUACCGGGACCGGGAGAUUCAAAUCGUGGAGGAGGAGCGGAUCCGGAAGCUGAAGACACACCUGCAGCAUCUCAGGUGGAGAGGCCGGAAGAAUGUGAGCCAGGAGUACAAAGAGAAGUCCUGUGCCCGCUGCCAGCGGGCCCUGGGGUUCCUGCUGAACCGGGGAGCCGUGUGCCAGGGCUGCAGCCACCGCGUGUGCGCCGAUUGCCGAGUGUUCCUGAGGAGCGCCCGAGCCUGGAAAUGCACCGUGUGCUUCGAGGACAGAAACGUGAAAAUAAAAACUGGAGAAUGGUUCUUUGAGGAACGAGCCAAGAAAUUUCCAGCCGGAGGCAAACACGAGACAGCUGGAGCAAAGCUCUUGCAAUCUUAUCAGAAACUGAGCAGCAAAAUUUCCGUGGUGCCUCCAACCCCGCCUCCUCUCAGUGAAAGCCAGUGCAGCGGCAGCCCCAGCAGGUUGCAGGAACUCGGUCAGUUUAAAGGAUUUAAUAAGUCCGUGGAAAAUCUGUUUCUGUCUGUUACCACCCACAUGAAAAAACUUUCCAAGUCCCAGAAUGACAUGAGCUCUGACAAGCAGCAGCCAGCCACGGGUCCCAGGCAGAGCGCAGGCCAGACGGAGCGGAGGAGCCAGUCGGACACGGCGAUCAACGUCGCCGCCAGGAAGGUCAGCACACCAGAUCUUCUGAAACCUCUUGCUCAGGAGAGUCCCAAACGCGCCACCAGCCCUGUUUUGAAGCAAGAGGAUCCCUUGUCCAGUCCGGCGCCCAACCCCUUAUUCUCCGGAGGCUGGAGACACGGCAGUUUAAUUAGCAUCAACAGCACUUGUACAGAGAUGGGCAAUUUCGACAACACGCAUGUCACUGGAGAGAUAGAAUUUGCCAUUCGCUAUUGCUUCAGAGCUCAUUCUUUAGAAAUCUGCAUCCAGGCCUGUAAGAAUCUUGCCUACGGGGAAGAAAAGAAGAAAAAGUGCAACCCGUACGUAAAGACCUACCUGCUGCCUGACAGGUCGUCCCAGGGGAAACGCAAGACCGGAGUCCAGAAGAACACGGUGGAGCCCACCUUCCAGGAGACCUUGAAGUACCAGGUGGAGCCUGCCCAGCUGGGGACCCGGCGGCUGCAGGUGUCUGUGUGGCACCUGGGCACCCUCACCCGGAGGGCGUUUCUUGGAGAAGUGAUUGUUCCUCUGGCCACGUGGGACUUUGAAGACAGCGCGACACAGUCCUUCCGCUGGUACCCGCUCCGGGCCAAGGCCGAGAAAUGCGAAGACAGCGUCCCUCCCAGCAAUGGAGAACUUGCAGUCCGUGCCAAACUGGUCCUCCCUACGGAGCCCAGAAAGCCCCAGGAGGCUCAGGGAGGGACGGGAGAUCAGCCAUCACAGAACAGUCAACUCUGCUUGGUCGUGCUGGGAGCCAAGAAUUUACCUGUGCGGCCGGAUGGUACCUUAAACUCAUUUGUUAAGGGCUGUCUCACUCUGCCAGACCAGCAAAGGUUGAGACUGAGGUCCCCCGUCCUGAAGAAGCAAGCCUGUCCCCAGUGGAAGCACUCCUUCGUUUUCAAAGGCGUAACCCCUUCUCAGCUGAGGCAGUCCAGCCUGGAACUGACCGUGUGGGACCAGGCCGCCUUCGGCGUGAGCGACCGCCUGCUGGGAGGCGCCAGGCUUGGCUCCAAGGACGAGCCAGCUGGUGGUGCUGACGCGUGCCCACAAUCAAAGCUCCAAUGGCAGAAAGUUCUUUCCAGCCCCAAUCUGUGGACAGACCUGACCCUCACCCUGCACUGAGGCAGCAAGAGUUCCAGGUGCUGGCGCCUGAAGGUGGACUGCAGGGCCGGGUGUGCACGGCCGGGAGGGGCCCCAGCCCCUCCACAGCAGGGCAGCCCUUCUUCAGAUCCCUCUGUAAGUUGAACAGAACAACCAUGAAUGUUGGUGUUAAGUCUCAGGCUGAUUAUCUGCCCUUUGGGAGAUGUGGAAAAUGACCAGAUUUCAAUUAAUGUUCACCCGUUUCCACGA